AGCGGCGCGGCCGCCGCCCCCCAUGUCGCUGCCUGUGGUGCUGCCGGGCUCCUGCUGCCCCAUGGCCGGGCUCUCCGCCGCGCUUCAGGCAGCGGCUCCCGGCCCCGCCGCCUCUCCGGCCCCGCCGCUGCCGCCUCUCCGGCGCUUCCAGCACUAUCGGCCUCCCCCGGCGGCGCUCUCCCCUCUGUCCGCCCGCCGGGCCGCCGCCACCGCCGCCGGGGCCCAGGGGCUGCUGCCGGCCAGACCGCUGCUGUCCCUGGGGCUGCUGCAGCUCAUCCUGGGCUGCUGCAUGGUGGCGCUGAGCUUUGGGGCGCUGUCCCUCAGCGGCUCCCCGCAGGUGAAGAACUCCUGUCCCUUCUGGGCGGGCUCCUCGGUGAUCUUGUCCGGAAUCAUAGGAUUAACUACGUGGAAGAGACCAGUGGUACUUUUGGUUAACCUGUUUGUUUUGCUGUCUGUCGUCUGUGUUCUCUUGAACCUGGCUGGAUUUAUCCUAGGAUGUCAAGGUGCUCAGUUUGUGUCCAGUGUACCAAGAUGUGACCUGGUGGAUCUGGGUGAAAGCAAGAUUUGUUUCUGCUGUGAAGAAUUUCACCCAGCCAAAUGCACAGAGAAAGAGAAUGCAUUGAAGCUAUACCCAGUCCAGUCAUGUAGCGCUGUUCACCUUCUACUCAAGAAAGUUCUCUUUGCUCUGUGUGCCCUCAACGCUCUGACAACCACAGUAUGCUUGGUAGCAGCUGCCCUGCGUUACUUGCAGAUAUUUGCAACAAGAAGAUCCUGCAUAGAUGAAUCUCAGGUGUCUGUAGAGGAAGUUGAGGAACAAGGCCGCAUUUCUGAUCCUGAGGACUUUGUACCACCUGUGCCACCUCCAUCAUAUUUUGCUACAUUCUACUCUUGCACACCCAGAAUGAACCGCAGGAUGCUUGGAUCGGAUGUUAUUCCAUUACCACAUAUUUAUGGAGCUAGAAUGAAAGGAGUUGAAGUGUUCUGUCCUUUGGAUCCCCCUCCUCCAUAUGAAGCUGUGGUGAGACAGAUCAGUUGUGAGCAGGGAGGUGCAUUCCAAAUUCCAGAUGUGGCAGAAGCUGUCGUUGGGCCACCAGAACCAAACGAUACACAAGUCUCUCAAGUAGGUGGGGAUAUUCCUGACUCUUCCAGUAGAGAGAGCCUUUCAACUUCAAAUCCAAGCUCAGUGCCUGCAGAACAAAAGCCUGCAUGCAAGCAAGUCUUCAACCCUCUGAGGAAGAGAUCAAAAAGCGACCCUGUGCUACACGGCUUGCCACCUAGAGGUCCGGUACUAAGCUGUGAAGCUGCAACUCAGACUGAAUUAAAACCAAAACUGGCCACUGUCAUUUUGCGAAAAGGUUUGAGAGCAAGAGCUUUGAGAGCAAGACCCCGGUCUUUGGUAGACUACAAGUCAUAUAUAGACACUAAGCUGCUCGUGGCAAGGUUCCUAGAGCAGUCCUCCUGCAGUAUGACCCCUGACAUACACGAACUGGUGGAAAAUAUCAAAUCUGUUCUAAAGUCAGACGAAGAACACAUGGAGGAAGCCAUCACCAGCGCCAGCUUCCUGGAGCAGGUUAUGACUCCAGCUCAGCCAUCUACAUCAAGGACACAUACACUCCCAUUUAGAAGACACCCAGGGAUGCUGCACCUGGAGAGCUGUGGUGAUCUGAGUACUUUCACUACAUCAGAAAACAAGGUAGCAGAGAGGAGAACCCAGAGACUAGAGCACGAACGGCCCCAUAGUCUCAUUGGAGUUGUACGGGAAACUGUGCUCUGACUUGGUCUUGUUGCUUAUCUGAGUUCCUGGGUGAGACAAACCAACAUAUUUAGUUGGGUUUGGUCCUGCUUUGAGCAGGGGGUUGGACUAGAUGACCUCCUGAGGUCCCUUCCAACCCUGAGAUUCUAUGAUUCUAUGAACAGGGCUGGAAAAUCAUCUCUGACAAGCAGGUUGAUGGGAAUAUCACAAAUACAUUUUUUCACGCUUUUGGAACUCCCCACUGGAGACUCUUUGAGAAAGUUAAUUCUAGAAAACUUUUCUCUUUGUUCCCAGCUGGCUUUAAAACAAGGAUAUCCAGGUGCAAUUAGUAUAUUCCUGGAUCAUUGUUUUGGUGCACUGUUGUAGUUUUUCAGUUCUUGGAAUUGAUUAAUUCUUGUUACUAAACCACAUGUUAUAGAGUGGCUAAAGUUGAAUGACUAUACUUUGACUUUUGAGGUAGGCAUGGUUAUGCAUAAAUUCAUUCAUUUUUGUCUUAUUGGGGAGUAUGGUCCAAAUUCUUCUCUCAUGUCUGUAUAAAUCUGAAAUGAAACCAUUGAAGUCAAUGGAACAGCUCCUCAGUUGAGUUCAGCUGAGCUAUGCCAAUUUAUACCCGCAGUGAUGCGCCCUAUGGCUUUACUCCAUACUAGAGCUGUGCAAACACUGCAGAACAGUAUGUACUUUCACAAGUAGCCUUGGUGAAAGUGUUUUGUGCUGCCAUCUUGAAAAGUCUUUGGGUUUCAGUCAUUUAGUCAGGGAAUUGAAACACUAUCCUGGGCUUUUGGUGACCUCAGUCACAGAGCACAAAUAGUGAAUCAGCAACAGCAAAUACUCAAAGCACAGUGAACAGUUCAUGAGCAAUCCAUGAGCUGAAAUACACUGGCAUCAAAUAUUUGUCAUUUUGAAUAAUGUACAAAUUCAUGAGUCAGUCUGUUGUUUGCAAAUAAUUCAUGAGUGGAAAAGGGCACUAAAUUUGUAAAAUUGCUGACUACUAAUAGUUUGGCAAAUUCUAUUGAAUUUAUGUUGGCAACUAAGAACAGAAUUUAGCCCCAUUUCUCUAUUUUGGAAGGAUACAGAUCGUGAUCCAAAGCCCUCUACAGCCACUGGGAAUCUUUCCAUUGGCUUUAAUAGGCUUUGGAUAAGGCUUAUUGUUUGUAGCAUCAAGGCUAUUUAUAGCAGCCUACAGCUUCCUGUAUUGCAGCAAGAUACAUGUUGUCCUUUAAGUCGGAUGAUUAAAUAUUUCUGCUGUUAUUGAAAUGAUAAAGCCUUACUUAGGGUAACUAUUAAAUCACUUUCCUUGGGAAAAACUAAAAGCUUUACACUGUAAGUGCUAAUUAAGCUUGAUUAGAAGA